AUGAUGUUUGAUUUUGUUUCUUCUCUGUGGGCAGUGAAAGGUUGGGAGAGCAUUUUCUCCUGCCAGAAUGUUAUGUCUGGCGAAUCAGCUCCCAAACCCAAACCCAAACCGCGAUUAGUGUUAUGCCCUAAAUGCUGGCAACUUCUUCCAGAGUCUCCAGACUAUGAUGUUUAUAAGUGCGGUGGAUGUGGCACAACUCUCCAAGCUAAGAAACGAAGAAGUAAGGCUGUGAACUCAGAAUCGAGCACGCAUGUAACUGACGCAACUCUUAGAAAUGCAGAGGAUCCUAAAGCUGAUGAUAAACAAUGCAUCGACCGAGAAAAGCUACUUAGAUAUCAGGAGAAUUGUCCUAAUUCUUCAUCAGGAAAAUGCUCUCUGAAUGGACAAAAUAGAAGUGUUCAAAUUGAAAAUGGUGAAUGCAAUGGAGAGCAACUAGUUGCUUCUCAGGAGAAUGGUUUCAAUGAAAGAGCAACUAGUUCUUCCUUUGGAGAAUCUUUUUCGAAUAAAAAUGGUGGUAGGGAUCAAAUUGAAGAUGGUGAAUGCAAUGGAGAUCAUGUAGUCACUUCUCAGGAGAAUGGAUUUAGGGGAAAAUCAACUAGUUCUUCCUCUGCAGAAUGUUCAUCAAAUGAAAAUGGGGGUAGGGAUAAAAUUGAAGACGAUAAAUGCAAUGGAGAGAAGUUAGCCACUUCUCAAGAGAAUGGUUUCGGGGCAAACACAUCUAGUUCGUCAUCAGGGGAGUGUUCUUUGAUUGGAAAUGGUGGAAGUGAUCGAACUGAAGAUGGUGAAUGUGAUGGACAGCAGCCAGCUAUUUUACUAGAGAAUGGUUUGAGGGGAAAAGAAACUAGUUCUUCCUCAGGAGAAUGUUCUCUGAAUGGAAAUGAUGAAAAGGAUCAAAUUGAAAAUGGUGAAUGCAACGGAGAAUGGAUUCAACAUUGUAAUUCACCCGAUGAACAACUGGAAAAUGAGAUUGAGAUCCAUAAAUUGUCAGAUAUGAGAAUGCAAAUGGUUUCCAACAAUGUUUGUUCAGAUGAGCUAACUCAUUUUGAGAAUGAGGCCCCAGCAAAAUUGAUGGCAGAGUGUUCCAUAGAAAAUGAAAAGAAUAAAAACUUGCAACUAGAAGGUGAAGAACUAAGUAUUGGAAAUGUGCCAUUGGAAGCAGGGGAGCAGUUAAUUAGUGCAUUGGAUAAAGAAGAUGCCAAUGAUGAGAAAUCAGCUUCAGUACAGGUAAAGUCUGUAGUGGACAUUGCUGGAAAUUAUUUACAAGUAGUGGAAGAGGUAAAUAAUGGAAACUUGAUAAUAGAAGGACCAGAACAAGAGUUGUUUUCUGGAUCAGAUGGAGCAGCAGUCAAGAAUGACAAACUGGCGCUAGUUGGUGCUAAUCCUAAAGUGGUCAUUAAUGGAAGCAGCAAAGCGAGAUCAGAAGAAGUAGACGACGGAAAUUUGUUAUUAGAGGUAACAGAGGAGGAGUUGAAUGUGUGUGCAUCGGAUGUUGAUGAUCUUAAAGAUCACCUGUCAGAUCUAGUGGGUGCAAAAUCUGAAGUGGUCAAUGCAGGAAAUACAUCUACUGCCAAAAGGUCAAGUACUGAAGAAGAAAGCAUUUCAUGUGCUUAUCCAUGUGAACUUGAAAAAGGUACAUCUGGGAAUCAUGCAUCUCCCAAAUCCAUUGACCAUAGCUUUGAUCGUGAAAGAUCUGUGGAUACAUUUAAUAACUCAGAAGUAGUUAAUCCCGGUUUUCAGACUAGCGGUACUCUGGGAGGAUUGUCUAAAUCUUCAACCACUAGAAGCUAUCAAGCUUAUGAUGGCAGUGUGUCUUCAAAUGAUGGGGUGGAUGAGCAGUUACUUAAUCAAUAUAUAGAUUCUUUUGAGAACAAUUACAGUGUUGCUAACGGCGUUUCUGAGGGGGAAUCCAGAAAGGGAAAAGGUGUUGUUAAUCGCAGCAUGCUACAUGGAGAUCUUGAAACACUAAACCGUUCAUUUUUACGUGAGGGAAAGCCUUGUGUCCCAAGAGACAGCAGGAGGAAUAUAAAUGAAGUGCCAGAGACUACAAGACAUGAUCAUGCACAUUGGAUGAGAACAAAGAGAGAUGAAUUUCCACCCAGAAUGUAUCACCAUCGAAGUGGUUCACAAUCUGGCUAUGAAAGUGGAAGCACAUCAAAUCAAAUGAUUGAUGAGUUCUACUGCAGCUCAAGCUAUGUUUCACAUGACUCCUUCGAUGACCCUGACCAGGAGAAGAUGAAACUGUUGAGAAUGAUUUAUAAAUUGCAGGAUCAACUCAACAGAACUAGCUAUGUAAGUGGUGAAACAAAUGGAAGACUGUCCAUGGGAAGUCACAUUUCUGCAUGCCAAAGCCAUGAUCUUCAUGAAAGAAGAUUUUAUCAUGGUUCGGAUUACCCAAGGUGUGAGGAAAUAUGUAGUCACGGAAUCAACUGGUGCCAAAAGCAUAAUUUUUCACGUGCACCUUAUUUGACUGAGCCAACAUGCUGCAUACACCAUGUUGAUCCUUCUUGUUUUAAUUGCCCUCCGAAGCAGUGGCAACGCUCUGCAGAGUUGCCUCCACGUGAUCUUUAUCAGCAUGAAGAGUUAUGUAGGCCUAAGCCAGGUCACCAUUGUUGCUCACCUCACCAUUCUUAUCCCUUGAGUCCACAAUGGUCCAUGACCUCUAACCUCCUAGCUUAUGCCCAUGAAACAAAGUCUUGUGAUCAGAGGUAUAGGCCCGAGGAGAACAAACAUUUUAUGGAGAAACCAAUCUUGACUAGGCGACAUUACCGGCCAGUAGCUGGUGGAGCACCUUUUGUCACUUGUAAUAAAUGCUUGAAGCUGCUGCAACUGCCUGCAGAUUUCCUCCUUUUCAAAAAGGUAUUUCAUCAGCUCAAAUGUGGUGCAUGUCAAGAGGUACUCAAAUUUUCUCUGCAGAACAGAAGUCAUAUAGUCUCUUAUCUACCAAAUGCUCUAGGGCCCCCAUCAAGUUACCUUGAUGACCAAAACGAGGUGAUAGAUGGAAGGAAUCCACCGUCAGAGUCUCAUGCCAACUAUCAUUCUCCCCAUGUAGACCAUGUUUCAUAUUCUGAUGAUUGUAGCAAUUCUGUUGGUAAGAGUUACUCCUCUGAAGGAGAUCCCGUGUCUGUAACACCGUUACAUUCUUUGCAUGGUAGUGAAUAUGAUAAGCCAACCGUAUCUUCUGGUAUUUUGGAGACUAUAACAGAGAAGGAGAAAACUGCUUCAAGAGGUCCUAGUACCACUAAGGCUUCAGUUGAAACAGAUGAAUCGGCUAUGAACUCCUCCAAUGUGUCAUCAGAAAUGGAGGCACAUUUACAGCCAAAAAGUUCACCACUCCAUCAACUGAUGGGUUAUUCCUCACCAAGUCAAGUGGUAAGAGGGAUUCCAUAA